AAAAGACUCACCUAAAAACCUUCUUUAUCUUUAAUGUAUUCUCUUUGUUCAUUUGGUUUUACAACCAAAAAAAAACAAAAAAAAAACACUUCAUGCGUAAGACAUAAGCAAAAUGGCCGGUGGAGGAUUGGCUCUUGAUGUCUCCAGCGCCGGAAACAUUGAUGCCAAGAUCACAGCCGCAGUUGUCAUGAGUUGCAUUGUGGCUGCCUCAUGUGGUCUCAUUUUUGGCUAUGACAUCGGAAUCUCAGGUUACAAAUUCAAGAACAUAAAAGGAUCAUUUUAUUAAACAAGUAUAUUAGUUAAUUUAUCUUUGAUUAUAAUUUAACAAAGGGGGUGUGACGACUAUGAAGCCGUUUCUUGAGAAAUUCUUUCCAUCGGUUCUUAAAAAAGCUUCGGAAGCUAAGACGAAUGUCUACUGCGUCUACGACAGCCAACUUCUUACGGCCUUCACAUCUAGCCUUUAUGUUGCCGGCUUAGUAGCUUCCUUAGUGGCUAGCCGUCUCACAGCGGCUUAUGGUCGCCGAACCACCAUGAUCCUUGGCGGUUUCACUUUCCUCUUUGGUGCUCUGAUCAAUGGCUUAGCUGCUAACAUCGCCAUGCUCAUCUCCGGUCGGAUUUUGCUAGGAUUUGGUGUCGGUUUCACCAACCAGGCGGCUCCGGUAUAUCUAUCGGAAGUAGCACCACCGCGAUGGCGUGGAGCAUUCAACAUCGGCUUUUCAUGCUUCAUCAGUAUGGGAGUAGUAGCAGCCAAUCUAAUAAAUUACGGUACCGAUAGUCACCGUAACGGCUGGCGUAUCUCGCUAGGUCUAGCUGCUGUACCAGCCGCGAUCAUGACCGUGGGAUGUCUAUUCAUUUCCGACACACCUUCUAGCCUCUUGGCGCGUGGGAAACACGAUGAAGCUCACACGUCGCUGCUUAAGCUACGUGGCGUCGAAAACAUAGCUGACGUGGAAACCGAGCUAGCAGAGUUGGUUAGGUCAAGCCAGCUAGCCAUUGAGGCUAGAGCCGAACUGUUUAUGAAGACGAUAUUGCAGAGACGGUAUAGGCCUCAUCUUGUGGUUGCUGUGGUGAUACCAUGUUUUCAACAGUUAACUGGAAUAACGGUGAACGCGUUCUAUGCGCCGGUUCUGUUUCGAUCGGUUGGGUUUGGUUCUGGUCCGGCUCUUAUUGCGACGUUCAUACUCGGGUUUGUUAAUCUUGGUUCGCUUCUUCUCUCAACAAUGGUUAUUGACCGGUUUGGUAGACGGUUUUUGUUCAUUGCUGGCGGUAUUCUGAUGCUUCUCUGUCAGAUUGCAGUGGCUGUGUUACUAGCUGUGACAGUGGGAGCCACCGGGGACGGAGAGAUGAAGAAGGGUUACGCCGUGACGGUGGUGGUGUUACUUUGCAUAUACGCAGCUGGGUUUGGAUGGUCGUGGGGGCCAUUAAGCUGGCUUGUCCCAAGUGAGAUAUUCCCACUCAAGAUACGACCAGCUGGUCAGAGCUUAAGCGUUGCCGUGAACUUCGCCGCAACGUUUGCUCUCUCUCAAACGUUCUUAGCAACGCUCUGCGAUUUCAAGUACGGUGCUUUCUUGUUUUACGGCGGUUGGAUCUUUACAAUGACGAUAUUCGUCAUCAUGUUCUUGCCCGAGACCAAAGGGAUACCUGUGGAUUCUAUGUAUCAAGUUUGGGAGAAGCAUUGGUAUUGGCAACGGUUUACUAAACCGACGUCAACUUAAAAGAUGCAAUAUUGCAAUGGGUUCGCAUUUUCAAUGGAUUAUGUUUAUUAAUUAGUUAGGAUUAAAAGGAUAUAUGAGUCAUGACUAAUCAGUAAUCACAAUAUUGUUUUAAUAUCGAAGUUGCAUUGGUAACUUGGAACAAGUAUACGUUCGAGAACAUAUUGUUUUAACCACGUAGCUACGUGGUAAGGUGGGAGGUCAACUGACCCCAACAGAUUUUGUAAAUUAUAAAUAUUUAUUUGUAUUUUAAUUUUUAAGUGUAAAACUUAAGUGAACUGGUUAAUAAUGUUUAUGAUGAUCCCUAUAUCUUUUGUUCU